AUGGGCGGGAGCAUCACACACAAGCUUGCGGCUCUCUCUGCCUUCCAGCUGGCUCCUGGUCAGUUUCCUUACCUGCCCAUGGACCGUCUGGAUGAAGCGAGGAGUCAUAUCAACUCGAGGAUUCGCCAUGCGCAUUGGCAGCUCAAGAGCUUUGUUGAGACGAUCCCGGACACGUUGCAAACGGCGCACAGCCAUGGCAUCCUUGGCCUUCUGAGGGAGAAGCUCAAGAAGUCAAGCCAUCUGCCUUGUCUUGAUGUUGCUGGCAGUAAACCAGACCACCUGAAAGGCUUCGAGUCGCACAGAUGCAUCAAGUCUGGCCCGCUAGCACAGCAGGUGGACAAGGUGAAUGCAGAGCUGACAUCGAAGAUCUUGAACGCCUUUUCGAAGCCUGGGUGGGUGCCCGUGACUCAAAAGGAUGGUAUCGAAGUUUGGAAGAGAGAUGCUUCGGACAUCGAGACGGGAAGCUUUCCUCAAGGUGUCGGGCCGAGGAAAUCUGGCAAGGGAAAGUUCCUUUGUGUCCGCGCGCGGGGUAUCAUUGACGCUAACAUCAACGAAGUGUACCGAUUGUUUCAGACAAAUGAUUACGUUCUCGAGUACAACUCGAUGUGUCAGGAGUGCAUUGACGUCGGGUGGUUGGAUCCUUCCACGAAGUUGACAUGGGCGUCUAGCAAGCGCAUCGGACCGAUUCUUCCAAGGGACUUCGUGACGAGGUGCCACUACAGGCGGUUGAGAGAUGGAACCAUCGUGCUUGCAACCAUGAGCGAACCUCUGCCCUGCGAGGAGUUCCGUCAGGGCGGUGAAUAUUGCCGUAUGGAUGUCACUCUCGGAGGGUACCUCCUGAGACCCAUCGAUCACGGAACCAGGACUGAGUUCUCCAUGCUCUCGCUCGCCAACCCUGGAGGAGUGCUGGAUAGUCAGGUCGGUGCGAUGAUCUCCAACAUGGUCUGUGCCACAGGACCCAUCACAUUCAUAUCAAGCGUUCGUUCUCUGACAGCAAGACUAAAAGGAGAAAUCGCGUAG